ACUCGCCUUAGUAACCGGACAUGACGAUGCCGGAUGCCCCGGGUCUGAGCUUUGCUCUGGCAACCGGCUUCGGUGGGCGGGGCGGCAGAGCCAAGUGGACGCCGCCGUCUUCACCGAUCAGGCCCUUGUUGGGGGCGGUAUCAUUAAGGCCACACCUCCCUCUCCGGCUUUGAGGGCUGCGGAGCGAUGACGUAAAUUCGGAGGCGGAGACUUACGCUGAAUCUCCGAGAGGGUUUGGGAGGGUGCAGACGCCGCGCGGAGCCUUCCGGUUUGUGGGUGGCUGCGCCACCUCCCUCGGAAGCUUGGGGAUACGCCCUCUUGAGAGCCUGGGGUCUUCCUCCGUUCCGCAUCGAACCCCUCACAAUUGCUGCGGGGCAACUGAAGCCCAAUAUUCUCUCGUUGUGACUUUCGCUUCCUUGAGAACCUCAGCCCCACAUUCCCCACUUUGCUGGAUGAUCUGUCCCUUCCCCCACCCUCUAAAAUGUCCAAUAAUCUACAGAGGGUCUUCCUGAAACCCGCAGAGGAAAAUUCAGGCCACGCCUCACAUUGUGUUUCAGGCUGCAUGUAUCAAGUAGUUCAGACGAUUGGCUCGGAUGGAAAAAAUCUUCUGCAAUUACUUCCAAUUCCUAAUUCUUCUGGAAAUCUUAUCCCACUAGUUCAAUCUUCAGUCAUGUCUGAUGCUUUGAAAGGGAAUACAGGAAAACCAGUUCAAGUUACUUUUCAGACUCAGAUUUCCAGCUCUUCCACAAGUGCAUCAGUUCAAUUGCCCAUUUUUCAGCCAGCCAGUUCUUCAAAGUAUUUUCUUACAAGAACAGUAGAUACAGCAGAAAAAGGUAGAGUUACUUCUGUGGGAACUGAAAAUUUUACCUCAUCAGUUUCUAAAGUUAAGAGUCAUGGUGUGAAAAUUGAUGGACUCACCAUGCAAACAUUUGCUGUUCCUCCCUCAACACAAAAUGAUUCAUCUUAUAUUGUAGUCAAAACCCCGAAUCUUCCAAUGACUGUGAAGUCUCCAGUUUUGCCUUCCGGGCAUCAUUUACAAAUUCCAGCCCAUGCUGAAGUGAAAUCCGUACCUGCAUCAUCAUUGCCUCCUUCAGUUCAGCAAAAGAUACUUGCAGCUGCAACCACAAGUACCUCAGGAGCAGUUGAGUCCUCCCAAAUACCAACAGUUAUUUAUGUAUCUCCUGUAAAUACAGUGAAAAAUGUAGUUACCAAGAACUUUCAAAAUAUCUAUCCAAAACCUGUUAAAGAAAUAGCAAAGCCAUUGAUACUAAAUACCACCCAAAUUCCAUCGAAAGUUGCUGCAGAGACACAAUUAAAAGGUGGUCAGCAUUCUCAAGCUGCUCCAGUGAAAUGGAUUUUUCAAGAAAAUCUACGGCCUUGUACUCCAUCUCUUGUUCCUGUUAAAUCUUCAAAUAAUGUGGCUUCAAAGAUUUUAAAAACUUUCGUAGAUAGGAAAAGUUUGGGAGAUAAUACUGUAAAUAUGCCACCAUUGAGUACCAUCAGUCCUAGUGGGACACAAUCCAUAAGUGUGCCAAUUAAAGAUAAUGCUUUGGUUAUGUUUAAUGGGAAAGUCUAUCUGUUGGCUAAAAAGGGGGCAGAUAUUUUGCCAUCACAAAUUGAUCAUCAGAAUUCUGUUUCUCCUGAUAUUCCACUAAGAAAAAACACAUCACAGGUAGUGAGUCCAGUCACAGAAAUAUCCAGAGAGGUUGUAAAUAUUGUUUUGGCUAAAAGUAAAUCUUUACAGAUGGAGACAAAAUCACUUUCAAAUACCCAGCUUGCUUCCAUGAUUAAUCUAAGUGCAGAGAAGAAUAAAAUGUUCGAAAAAUCAUCUCUUUCUACCACAAACCCACAUAACAUGAAUCAAUCCAGUAACUACCUAAAACAGAGUAAGACUUUAUUCACAAAGCCAGUUUUUCCAGAUGGAUUUAGUACAGGACAGAAUGCCCCCAGAAAAGGAAAUACGAUCCAGAGCAUAGAGAAAAUAAAUUCCUCUGUUGAUGCAACAACUGUUACUUCACAACAGUAUGUUUUCAGAGACCAAGAAUCAAAGAUACAGAAUGAGAUGGCAUCAACGUUAGGAAAAGUCUCUCAAGGAAGAAAUGACAAGAAAGUCUCUCAAGGAAAUAGUGUUAAGGCAUCAUGUCUGAAGAGCGAUGCUGAAUUUAAAAAGAUAUUUGGUCUCACUAAAGAUUUGCGAGUGUGCCUUACUCGAAUUCCUGAUCAUUUGCACUCUGGAAAAAGUUUUGAUUCCUUUAGCAGUGAGAUGAAGAGUAGUACUAACACAGAGACAGAGUUUGUGGUGAAGGAACAAGAGAGAAAACAGGGUUUUAAUAAGAAAAGAAAAGCAAAAAACAUGAAGAAGAUGGAUCACACAAAGAAGAGAAAAACUGAGAGUACCUGCAACACAGUCAUAAAUGGGGUAACUAUUGUCACCAGUUCCCAACCCCUAUGCAGUGUUUUACCGACUUCAGACGUAUCAAAAAAUAACAUUCCCACAAGCUGCAGCAAAACCAGAGAAGAAAAGAUAACUGAAGUAGAACACUGUUCCCACAAGAAGGAGGAGAAAGGUGCAUUGAGUUCAUAUGCAGCUUUUGAACAAAGUAAUUUCUUUAGUAAAAAAUAUACUGAAGAUAUUUUUCCAGUGACACCACCAGAAUUAGAAGAAACCGUCCGAGAUGAAAAAAUAAGAAGACUUAAACAAGUGCUAAGAGAGAAGGAAGCAGCUCUUGAAGAAAUGCGUAAGAAGAUGCAACAAAAAUAAUAAAAAUGUUAUGUACUGAAAGACUUUAAUAUGAAAUAACUGUGUUUUUUAAAUAGACUUUUGUAUUAGUAUAUUAUUCCACCCUUAUGUACCAGGAAUGCUUUUCAAAUGGAAGGCUCGAAAGUGGAGAUAGUACUGAACCCUGUAUACAAGCACUGUAAUACUGUUGACAGUCACUCUGAUAACAGUUACAUAAGUGAAUCAUUAAUGGUCAAGUAGCAGAUAUAGAGUGGAUACCCUGGACAAAGGGAUGAUUCAUAUCUUGAGCCAGGGGAAUGUAAGAUUUCAUCACACUACUCAAAAUGACAGAAUUUUUAAAAAAGUUAUAAUAAAUUAUUUCUUUCUGGAAUGUUCUGCUUUAAUAUUUCUGGAUAGCAGUUGAUGGUGAACAACUGAAAUCACAGAAAGCAAAACUGCAGAUAAACAGCACAGCGGGAGUAUUGUUAAAAUAUAUAUGUGUUCUGAAAAUGAAACCUGUUUUUUCAUCAGUUUAUUAUAGAAUUUAAGAAAUACAGAAGAGGGUGAUUCAUGUAUGACUUGUGAAUAAUAUACAUGAGGUGUCUGAACCAUUUUCUUAGAUACCUUUUUCUGGAAGGAAAAAAAUUUAUAUUUUUCUAUUAUUUUAACUGAAAACUUCCCAAGUUUGAAUAUUUGUAUAUAAGGUUUUUGUUAUUGUUGUAUCUUUAGCUAAAUUGCUCAGGUGUUACUCCAACAAUAGAUAAUUAGUGUGUACUAUUAAAAUUUUACAGUCCAAGAGAGGAAAUUAGCAGUAAAUUUAAAUUUACCUUAGACUUUAAAAGUACUAUACUCUCUUGGUCUCUUUACCUAUAAAAUAAUGAUAACUUUUACCUACCAUUGUUGAUUUUAAAAAUUUCUUUAAAAAUUAUAGCAGCAUCAUUUAAGUAUUUAACCAUUUUUCAAGAGGGAAGGACACCUGUUUUGUAAUUUGUCAGUUAUUUUAUAUAAUCCAAAAUAAUAUUUGGAAUUCAGGCUAUUUGAUAUAUUGUUGGCUUAAAGUGAUGUAUCUUUAGACAGCAGAACCCCCUCUCCCUUUAUUCCUUUGGUAAUAUGUACAUAUAUUAUAUAGAUGGUGUAAAAAGUAUCAAUACUUUUUACACAGUGAAAUGUAGUUUUUCUUAAUAGAGGAAUACAUUUUUCUUUCUUUUUUUUUUAAUUUUGGAGAGUUUGAACGUAGUGUAGGGAUAGAGAUUAAGAAGAGAGAAGAAUUAGAAAAUGAUUAGCAAAUAUGGGGGGAUAAGAUUUUUAAAAAUGUGUCCUGGCAACAACAGAGAAAAUACUAAAUCAAAAAAUACUGAAUAGGAUUGAAAUAAGUACAUCAACUAGACUUUGCUGCCUUUUUAUUUUUGCAAAUAGCUUUAUUGAGAUAUAUUUCACAUAGCACUAAAUUCUCCCUUUUUAAAGUGGUUUUUAUUCUAUUCAGAGGUGUGCAACCAUCAAUACACUUUGAACACAACAGGAACAAGUCCUAUACCAUAACCAUCACCCCAUUCAUUAUCCUUUCCUAAGUACCACUGUUUCUGUAAAACUAACUGUUGAAAACAUUUCAUCUGCAUGGAGUCAUACAAUAUAUUUUAGUUUAGUUUAGUUUUAUUUUUACUUGGCCUAAUAUUUUCAAGGUUCAUCCAUGUGGUAGGAUGUAACAUUAAUUUUUGCUGAAUAAUAUUUUCUUGUAUGAAUAUAUAGUCAUCCCUCAAAAUCUGUGACAGAUUGGUACCAGAACCCUUCCCAGGGAUAUCAGAAUCUUUGAAUAAUUAAGUUUCUUUUAUAAUAUGGCAUAGCAUUUGCUAAUAGGCUACUUAUCUCCUCCUGUGUAUUUUAAAUGAUUUCUAUAUUACUUGUAAUGGCUAGUACAAUGUAAAUUCUGUGUAGAUAAUUGUCCUUAUUGUUUAGGAAAUAUUAAAAAAAAUAAAGUCUGUAUGUGUUCAGUACAGACAAAAAAAAAAAAUCCAAAUUUUUGAUGCAUGGUUUGUUGUGGAACCUGCAGACAAAGAGGACCAAUUGUAUCACACUUUGUUUUUCCAUUCAUCUGUUAUGGAUAUUUGGAUUAUUUCCACUUUGGGCUACUAAAAAUGUUGCUAUGAAUGUUUGUGUGCAAAUUUUUGUAUGAACAUAUUUUCAAUUACCUUGAGUAUGUACCUAGGCAUGUAAUUGCUGGGUUAUACAGUAACUCUGUGUUUAACAUUAUGUGGAACUGCUGAACAGUUCCAUUCAGUUUUGCUCCCUCUACUUAAAUAGAUUUUGUCAAGGUCCUCAGUGAUUUCCAUGUUAUUUAAUCAUAAGGUCACCUGUCAGUCUUCUUAAUAAUUUCAUAAAUCAUUAAUGACUUUGAUAAAUAUUUAAAACAUUUAUUACAGAGUAAUGCAUGUUCAUUGUGGAAAAAAUUAGAAAAUAUAGCAAGCUAAAAAUCAAAUCUUCACAGUCCUAUCAUUGAGCAUUCAUCACUAAAGUUAUACAUUCACCUUAAUCUUUUCCAGUCUUCUCUGUGUAUGUAUGUUUUUUACCAAAAUAAGGUUUUUAUUUUUUUAUCCUGCUUUUAAAGUUAACAGUUUUCAGCCUUUCAAUAAACUUUCAUUUCUUUCAAUAUUCACACUACAUUCACUUAUUUGACCGCAGGAUAUCAUUUUCAACUGUUUUUUUCCAAAGCAGAAUCAAAGUUAGGACUAUGUGUUUUAUUUAGCCGUUGUAUCAAUUUCUUUUUAUGAUAUUGAUUUGUUGCAAAGAACAACCAAGUGUCCUGUUUCCUUUUACCUUGAUAUACAUUGAUUUCACUUCCAGUAGAUGACACUUCUGUGUCAGUGUGUGGCUCAUUUUCAGUCUUUCUGGUUCCUUCUCCCCAAUUUCUUAAUUCCUUUGGUUUGCUUCUCUGCUUUUGCUCACUUUCUCAUCCAGUUUGUGGCUUUAAACACUAAAUGUUAACAAGCAACAGAUUUUCUUUACUUUGAAAUCUCUGUCUUGGAUCCAGAAUUUUAUAGCCAAAUGCUUAUUUAAAUCUCUAUUAGAUAUCUAAAUAAACACCUCAGACUUUUGGCCAAAAUAGGACUUGUGUUCUUUCCCCAAACCAACUUUACCCACAAUUUUUUCCAUUUUAGCUGAUGACAAUAUCCUAUCUGUUUCUAAAGCCAAAAAAACUUGUCAUUCUUUACUUCUUUCUCACACCCUGCCUUUACUUCAAAUUCGUUUGGUUUUGCUUUCAAAAUACUUCAAAUCUGACCACUUUUCAUCUUCCAUGUGCUAGGCCCUGGAGUGGAUUAUUAGUAGCCUCUUAAGCCCUCUCCCUCCUUUCUGCUCCUACAGCCUUGUCUCAGUACAACAACCAGUGAUCCUUUUGAAACAAGUCAUUCUUUAUUACAUGUCAGUGACUCCUAUCACAUGGAGUAAAAGUGAUGAGGGCUAGAGAUCCAACAGGAGCAAAUUGAAUUAAAGUACAGCUCUUUGAACAUCCUUUCUACACAAUUUCAGUCUCAUGUCCUGUUUUUGUCUAGGUAGAGAAGUCAACUUUUCUUUAAAAAUUAUGAACUGAGAUUUGAAAGGAAACAGGAUUUAAAUUAUUGAAGGGAUAAGAAGUAGAUUUGGAAGAACUUUCCCAUCAAAGGGAGACAGUGAACUGAAAGGUAGGGAGAGUAUGGCCUAUGUGAAGAGUAAAAGAAUACCAGUGUAGCUGAAAGCUGAGUGAAAUAUUGUUGUGAAAACUGGAAGGACAAAUUUAAUUCCCAAAGAGUAGCUUGAGCCAAUUGAUCUUAGUUCCUUUGAAGACAAUUUGGUUUUACUACCCAGAUAAUUAUAGUAUUUUCUCUUUAUAAUUUAAGUACUUUGUUACAUUAUUUUUUCUGCUUAGCUAUUUAUAGAGCACUUAGCUUCCCACAGUUCCAAACUUUCAUUGAAUUCCUUCCUCCAACACUGAAUCUUCAUAGGCCUUUCUUCAGUUCAGAAGUUUCAAGAUAGAAGUUUUUAUCUUGCUGCUUCAGAUGCACUUAUUAUGGACUCUUCUUUGGGAAAAGGCAUUGACCAUUUCUCAAGUGCCAUCAAUUUUUUCUAAUUCUUAAUUGUCAAAAACAAUAUCAACUCAUUCUAUUUUUAUUAUAUUCUGUUUUUAAUUUCCUCCAUUGCUAACUUUGUUCCUGUACUGUAUUUAGUUUCAUUGUAUUAUUAUUUGUGUACAUUUAUGGGGCUUAUUUUUCCUUCUGAUUUGUCUAAGCCAAAGGCUCCCAGGCUUUCUUGAUUUAGGGCGCUUUUAGUGUCUCAGACGUUUAUUUAUGGUACCAGUAGGUCAAAAUAACUCAUUAAGUGUUUUGGAUUUUUUUCUAUUAUUGCAUAACAUAUUAACAACUUGGCAGCUUAAAACAACAUUAUUUCUCAGUUCUAUAGGUCAGAAGUCCAAGUGGGCUUGGUUGGGUUCUCUGUACAAAGUUUCAGAAAACCAAAAUUAAGGUGUCAACCAGGAUAGCUUUUUAUCUAGAAGUUCUGGAAAAGAAUACUUUCAGUCUCAUUCUUAUUUUUGACAGAAUAUAGUUCCCUAUGGUUAUGGGACUGAAGUUCUAAUUUUUUUUCAAGUACUGGUGGGGGAACACUUAAACUCUUAUCCUGUUACUUCCUGAACCUUCAAAGUUAGCAAUGGUACAUCAAUCUUUCACGCUUCAAAUCUUUCUGAUUAAUGCCACCACCCAUAUAAAAUGAGGAUUUUUAAAGGGUUUGUGUCAUCACAUCAGGCCCACCCCAAUGAUCUCUUUGCUAUACAAUUUAACAUAAAAGUGAUUCAUGUUCUAGGCCUCACCCACAAAGGAAUCAUGGAUGAGAAUUAUCUUAGAAUUCUGUCUUCUGCAUGUCGUAACAUCAUAGUAGCCAUUUGAAGAAAUAACAUAGAAAUUGAAGAAAAAAUACUUAAUCUUUAAAAACAAAACCUAAGUAUUGAAAUGGUAUGACAAUUGGGCACUGCACAACUUAGACCUCAGAUGCUACUUCUGCCCUUAAUUCCUGUUACGUAUUAAUUGUAAUAACAGUGCUUGCUUUUUGUCACAGCAGUUUCCAAAAACAUCAGUCUCAAUUUGAUAUGCUGAAGUUUUGAACUACUUAAACUAACAGCUAAUACAAAGUCAAAUAGCUAUUACCACCCUCAAAAAAUUAGGAUAAUGAACUGCAUGUGUUAGUCAUUUUUCUGUCACUAUAACAAAUACUUGAGUUAAUAAAUUUAUUAAAAUUUUGGA